UGACCAAAAGACCUUCAGUUGUGUAAAGGGGGGGGGGGAUGCUUAAACUGAAAUAAGUACUGUGCAAAAGUCUUAAGCCAGCCCUAAUUUCAUGAGAUUUUGCUUGGAACAUAGGAAACGGGUGCUGUGACCUAAUGAAACUUGUAAAUGCACAGGGAAAAAAACGAUAAGAGGCAAAACAAGUUCGUAGAAUUCUAACAAGCUUGAAAGUCAGUAUUUGGUGUGACACAUGAUCAUUGACAAAAUCUGACUACUUUCCUCAUAAUUCCAUGUUUUUGACAAGCUCUCAAACGCUGGCUGAAAUGCAGCACGAAACCAUGACAGAGUCUGUUUUACAAACACUGUUGUACUCUUCUCCUUACUACCUGCAUACAUAUUGACAGCAGUUUAAUUCAUCACUCACUAAGUGGUGAAUCCCAAAUUUGUCAGAUUUUUUCCUGUCCACUUCUUGUAUAAUUUGGCAUAAUGAGACCAGGAAACACUUGACCCCUGUUUCAAUCCAGGGGGUCAAUGUUGACAUAGUGGAGGACUAUAAAUACCUCGGAGUAUACAUUGACAAUAAACUGGACUGGGCUAAAAACACCACAGCACUUUAUAAGAAGGGCCUGAGUCGCCUCUAUUUUUUUUGAGACGACUGAGGUCCUUCAACAUCUGCCAGAAAAUGCUCAGGAUUUUCUACAAGUCUGUUGUGGCCAGUGCGAUCCUCUACGCCGGUGCAGGCUGAGGGUCGCUGAUGCUAACAGACUCAAACUGAUCCGUAAGGCCAGUAAUGUUGUGGGGUUUGAGCUAGACUCCAUUUAAGGUGGUGUCAGAGAGGCGGAUGUUGUCCAAAAUAAAGAGAAUGUUGGAUAAUACCGCCCACCCACUCCAUGACAUGCUGGUCAGUCACAGGAGCACGUUCAGUGAGAGACUGAGAUCACCAAAAAGCACCACUGAACGACACAGGAAAUCAUUCCUGCCUGUGGCCAUCUCCUUGUACAACUCAUCCACUUAACACACUGUUUACUGCAAUAGCUACACCCUUUUUGCACACGCUCUUCUUUCUUAUUCAGCUAUUUAUCAAUAAGUGACUUAUAUGUAUAUAAGUCAUGUAUAUAUUGUGUCUAUUUCUUACUUAGUGUAUUGUCUGUCUUUGUUAAUGUUUAUACUGGAGCACUGUAAGCAAAAUAAUUUCCCCUAGGGAUCAAUAAAGUAUUCUGAUUCUGAUACCCCAGCCUUUUCCUCUUCUUUAAAGAAUGGCUUCUUGACAGCCACCCUUCCACUGAGGCGGUUUCCCAUGAAGCUUAGGAUCAGCCAAAGAUGCCAGAUGGUUUUCUCGGGUCGUGCGUCAAGUCUCUGCUGGAUCUUUUUCUAUUUGUUAAGAACACGACUUUCAGAUACUGUUCAUCUGUAGAGUUUUAUUUUUAUUUUUUUUAGGUCUUUCACUUUUCUUUUCUCCUCCAGUUUCUUCUAUAUUUCAUCCUCACACACCAUGCUGAUUUAUGUCGUUUUUGGCCAGCAGCCUUUUGUUGCAAAAUUACAAUGUAUGCCUCUGAAACUGUUGUCCUUAACAUUUUAUUUUUGUAGAUUCAACUAAAGAAAUUACCAUUAUUUUUUUUUGGGGGGGGGACGAGCUGUUAGUAACAAUGUGCCUAACAAUACAACUUAAACUUGGUGUUUUGCUAAGUUUUCUGUUAUAUGUAGGUGUUUUGUACAUUUGAAUGGCUCGUAGCUCAGCACCAAGUGGCUAAGGAAACAAAAAAUCUUCUAAAAAUGGACAGAUACUGAACUAAAACUGAGUGGGAAAAAGCAGCAAAUGGAGCACCUUCAGAAAGCCUCGAACUUUUGCUAAAGAUCACAUUUUAAAAAAUUACUAGUCUGGCUCACUGUAGGCAUAUUGAAACAAUCCAAAUCACAUCAGUACUUCUGCACUCAGUGCAAACACUAUGCAUGAAACUUUGUCCAAAAUUCCUAAAGUAUUUUACAUCUAUUUAAAUUCCAAACCAUUGUUUAAACCAAUACCACAAAACACAUGUUUGCUGUGCUUAUGAAUAGGCACUUCUGGUGGACUUAUUCUUCUACAACCAUUGUCCUAGAAUUUUUAGCGAUCUGUAAUUUCAGUUUAGCUGGGGGUGUUUAAUGAUUUAGCUUUCAUGGUUUUAGGAAUCAGAGCUACAGUGCAUAAUAUAUUGCCAGGAACAGGAACCCAAUGAUGGCCUGGUACCCACACAUUUCCACGGCCAUAUAAAAAGAAGGCCAACCCAGAUGUUCUAUUGUUUGCUGAGGACUGAGGAGAAGUGAGAAUUUACUGUAAUCAGUCUGGAGCGUUUCUAUGGUGAGGAGGACAUUCGACCAUUAAGUUUGUUUCAGCAAAUACAGGAAGGACAGCAAUGGCAGUCCUGGGGGCCACCCUUUGUGCUGUCCUCAUGGUGACUCUAGUGACAGCUAAACCAGUCUGUCUGAAAGAAAGUGACGAUUCACCCAAGUCAUCAGAGUCCAGUGAAUCCAGUUCAUCAGAAGAGACCACCACUAAUGGUAGGUCUUCACAGGAAACCCCGCAAUCAAACACGCCGGAUGCUACAGAGAACAACCCCCUGGAUGCAGCACCACUUCCCUCUGCAGAUGCAGGGGCUUCUCUGGCCACUUCUCCUGAAGACCCACAAACCUCUGCUGACACAGAUGCUUUACAACCUGUGCCAGAUCCGUCUCACACUGGGAUGAGCGUUGAUGUUUCUUUAGAUGUGCCCAAUUCUGGUCCCACAAAGGACUCUGUUAACGCUGUUGACCCUACCCACAUUCUACCCAACGCAGACGCCCCGCAUCCUUCAGGGCUUUCAGAGACUGGUGUAGUCAUAGGUACAAUUCAACCACAAGUCAUCACCACAUACCAAGGAUCCACCCAGGGUAUCACUCCACCCUUUCCUACAUGUGUCAUCCAACCAACACCUACAGCAUUCUCCACAGCCCCACCACUGGUACUCCCUAUUGGAACAACACUAGAUGGUGGUCCUGUCUGUUUCACUUUCCAGGUCACAACCGCUGAGCCAGAUCCACCCAGAGGAGACAGCAUUUGAUCCCCAACAGAACACAGAAAUUGUUGUUCAUUUAAAUUUUAGUUUAGCCUAGGUGACCAGGUCAGACCACAUUAGGGCUGUACAUAUACACAACCUUGACUUGAUACUUAUAUAGAUGAACUACACUUGGCUUUUAAGUUGUCACUUUUCCCUCAACACUGGCAAAUGGGGAAAAAAAUGGUGCUAAUGUAUGCUGUAUAUAUAGAAUAAACACAUCUAAAGCUGUUGCAAUAACAAAAGUACAGUCACAAUAAAUUAAUUAAUAAACAGCUGAAAAUUAAACUGAUUAAAUGUUUGUCUCAAAUCCAGUGAACUGUUUAGUAAAAUGAGUGUUUAAUGUGAGUGUGUAUUACAGUCAGAGUACAGUUCAGCAAACCUGGUACCUGCAAGGGGCAAACAUGCAAAAAUAAUCAGGGGCCAUUUAUCACAGCAGCCACAACCACAGACUGUAUAUAAAAGACUCAUCCUCAGCAUUUUGGCAGCCGCUGUCUUGAUGUUUUCAAACUGAAUGUAAUUCGACGAGAAACAGAUGCUACAUGCUCGUGCGUUAGCAGCUGUCAAACACACUGAACAGCAUACUCUCCUUUCCUCUAAAAUGGGCACCAUAUUUUACAAAAUGAAUUGAACAAUUAAGACCAUAAACCUGUCAAGAAUGUGUUUACCGUGGUCACAAAUCAAGUGAAAA